AUGCCGCCGGCAAGGAGAAAGGCUGCUGCCCGCAAAAACGCCUCCAACACAAGGAGAAGGAUAUCAUCCUCCUCAUCCUCGCCCUCUCCUGAACGGCAAAGAACGCCCACUCCACCAGCAUCCCCUGCCAGAGAACCCACCCCACCGCCACCUCCACAACCACCAAGGGCGCUGCAAGAACAGGCCCUUAAUGCCAUCACAGAUGAAUGGGAGCCCAGGUUGUUUCCAAGGAAGAAGGGUUGGGAUUUCUUUCUGAAGCACAUAAGGCGAAAGUUCAUUCCAGAAAGGGGAAUCAGUGAAGAUGGUGCAGCUUUUGCCUACAUCAAGCGCCAUGGCUGGGAGACCUUCUCCAAACCACCGGUCAAGCCAAGGAUCCAGAUUAUGCAAGAAUUUUACGGCAACUUCCACACUGCCCUCAGAGAUGGAGUAUUCGUCAGAGGCAUCAGCGUCAAUUGCAGCACAGAGGCCAUCAGGGCCAUCUGGAAAUUACCGAGAAUAAGCACUGAUUACAGAGAAACCCUGGCUGCCCUGCAUCCAAAUCAACCGCUGGAACAGGCCAUUCUGUCCAGAUUGGCAAAAGAGGCCACAAGCUGGGAGAUGGAUGAUCAAGAAAACCCUUUGGGGUUUCCAGCAAACGCAUUGCAAACGCCUGACUUAAAUCUGUGGCACCAUUUCAUCUGCUGCAAUCUGAUGCCAACAUCCUACACUGCUAAGGUCACCUACGAGAUGGCUCUGCUGCUGUAUGCCAUUGCCACAGACACACCAUUUGAUGCAGCCUCAGUCAUCUGGGAGCAACUUACCUGA